CUCAUACUCAUACUAUACUCCCUCUCACUACCUUAUAUACAACACUCACCCUCCACUCUCUCCCACAAAAUACCACUCACACACCUCCCAAAUCUAAAUCGCAAUCAACCAACCCAACCACCCCAAAAAGCAACCAAAAAUCCAAUCCAAAAUGUCCGAUCCCACCGCCGAAGCCGUCCCUCCCCCACCAACAACCUCAACCCAGAACCCCGACGCACAAGGCCAAUUCUCCGCCGCCGUAGAUGAUCUUCUCGACCAGCUACAACAUAAAUUCGAUGGUGUUUCGAGGGAGAUGUUUGGGAAGUUGGACGAUAUGGCCAGACGGUUGGAUGAGUUAGAGGCUUCGUUUACGGUUGUGGAUGGGACGACUACGUCCGGGAGUGCUGGUGGUGCUGCGUCGCAGACGGGGACGGGGACGGGGACAGGGUCGGGGUCCGUGGUGGGGAGUGCGGUUGGGAGUGCAGCUGGGAGUGGGAGUCCUGAGAAGUGAUUGAUUACGGUUUAUACUGUUUGGUUAUGGGGUUAUGGUGUUAUGGGAUUUGCAUAUUUUGUGUAUACUUGGGGGAGCUCUCUUUUGUUGUCUGUGGAUUAGGGGGUGAUACAUACGGCUGGGUUGUGGUGGUUUGAGGUGGAAUUGAAGAUACCCCUUUUACUGAUAUUUAAAUUUACUACAUGCA